GCUAGGAUUUACCGGAAUAGCCAGCAUGUCACCCCCGGGCGGCCACUGAGAAACUGUGCAAAUGGAAGUCACCUAUGGGAACCAGAUGAUCUCCAGUGACAAAACUUUUGCUUCGUAGCUCCAGCAUCAUCUGCAAUGAGCGGAGGAGGGGAGCAACCAGAUAUCCUCAGCGUAGGAGUACUGGUUAAGGAGAGAUGGAAGGUGCUGAGGAAAAUAGGGGGUGGUGGCUUUGGCGAAAUCUACGAUGCGCUGGAUUUGCUGGCGAGAGAGAACGUAGCGCUGAAAGUAGAAUCUGCUCAGCAGCCAAAGCAAGUUCUCAAAAUGGAGGUUGCUGUUCUGAAGAAACUGCAAGGAAAAGACCAUGUUUGCCGAUUUGUAGGAUGUGGGAGGAAUGACCGGUUUAACUAUGUUGUUAUGCAGCUACAGGGCCGCAAUUUGGCAGAUCUUCGCCGCAGCCAAUCACGAGGUACUUUCUCAAUCAGCACCAUGCUGAGGCUUGGCCGACAAAUCCUGGAGUCGAUUGAGAGCAUUCAUUCAGUGGGAUUUUUACACCGAGAUAUUAAACCGUCCAACUUUGCUAUGGGACGUUUCCCAAGCACCUGUCGGAAGUGCUUUAUGCUGGAUUUUGGGCUGGCGCGUCAGUUUACAAACUCAUGUGGAGACGUACGACCGCCACGAGCUGUUGCUGGAUUUCGGGGGACCGUACGUUACGCCUCUGUGAACGCCCACAGAAACCGGGAAAUGGGUAGACAUGAUGACCUGUGGUCUCUCUUUUACAUGCUGGUGGAGUUUGUAGUUGGUCAGCUCCCAUGGAGAAAGAUAAAGGACAAGGAACAAGUAGGGUCCAUAAAAGAGCGCUAUGAGCAUCGCCUUAUGUUAAAACAUCUUCCCCCAGAAUUCUCUGUGUUUCUCGAACAUAUCAUUGGCUUAGACUAUGUCACCAAACCAGAUUACCAGCUCCUCGUGUCAGUCUUUGAUAACAGCAUGAAAACCUAUGGUAUUGUCGAAAGUGACCCCUUCGACUGGGAGAAGAGUGGAAUGGAUGGCUCUUUAACAACCACAACAACAUCCACUACCCCUCAACUUCAUACUCGCCUGACACAUGCUGCUAUUGGAAUUGCGAAUGCCACACCAAUCCCCGGCGAUCUGUUACGUGAAAACACAGAUGAAGUGUUUCCAGAUGAACAACUUAGUGACGGGGAGAAUGGACUCCCAAUUAUUGUUUCCCCAGAGAAAAUCCCAGGGUCUCCCAGUCACCAGCGCACUCAGGAGAAGGAUGUCUGGGAGGAGAUGGAUGCCAAAAGAAAUAAAUUAAGAAUGGGUAUAUGCAAGGCUGCUACAGAGGAUGAACAUAGUAAUGGCCAUGUAAAUGGUGUACUAAAUGCACCAAGCCUAGGGUCUCCCAUCCGAGUUCGUUCAGAGACGACGCUGUUGGAUCGAGAUGUUCCCCUUCUGCGCAAGUUACGCACCAUUCAUAGCUUUGAGCUAGAGAAGCGUAUGACUCUAGAAUCAAAGCCUGAUGCAGACAAAUUUUUGGAAAAUUGUGUUGAGAGAAUUCAGAAAGAUGCAUAUGUGAAGCAAACACCGGUCCCUGAUGGAUCUUCACCACCUCAACCUCGUAAAGUAAUUGCUGCUCCCACUGCAGGUUCUGCUGACCAUGUGUGGCAUUAUGAUGAAGAAUAUAUCCCUGCAGGUUCCAAGCCUGGUUCAGCAAGCUCCCCAGAGCACCUUGAAGGUGUUAGCAAUGGUUUUGUAGCUGUAAAUCUGAGCUCCUGCCGGCAGGACAUUGAUUCCAAAGAGUGGGUUAUUGUGGACAAGGAGCACGACUUGAAAGAUUUUGGGACAAAUGGUAGUAGAGGUCAUAAGCUGACAGGAAGUCCAUCAGACGAAGAGCCAGAGGUCCUCCAAGUGCUGGAUGAUUCUCCUCAAGAAGGUCAACCAAACAGAGGCUUGUGGAGAGACAAUAAUAUCCAAGGCAAACCUGACCCUGCGGUUGGACUUGAUAUGAUAAUUUCGUCGGGCCCUUAUACUGAUAAAUUGGAUCUGAUGUCGGGAGCUGCUGGCCAGCUGCUUGCUGCCACACCCACUAGUCCGAUGGAAGCGCAAGCUGAAGGCGCACUUACUCCGAUGACGAUACCUCGUCCUUCAGUAACAUCCACACAGUCUGCUUCAGAAAGCUUUCCGUGUGCCCAGAAUUUGGAAAAGAGAGAUCGGGACUCCCAUGUUCUGGAAGUGUUCUCACCACAAGAAACCGAAAAUGUUUUGGGUAUUAGCAUAAACAAAGCAGAUCUGGAGCUGCGCUUAACUAGCCAGGAAAAGUCAUGUGUCAAAUCCCAAGACUCAGGCCAAGCAAACUUUGUUAAUGAGUACGACCAAAUGUUGCAUGAGAGGAACAGCGCCAGUUCGCCUGUAAAAUCUCAUUUAGGUUCUCAGACUGGUGUGACGGAGGCCGUGAAUGAAGAAAGGAAGGGUCUAAAUUCACAUGGAUGUUCUCCCAAGCACUAUCAAUCCUCACCCGAUGUUAUGCCAUCUGUUAAUCAACCUUUUGAGUCGAGGACUUUUUGCACAUUGCCAAAUGAAGAUUCGGACCUAGAAAUACUGAAGCCAGAAGCUACUGAGGCCACUAAGCAAGAAGUUGAUUUUGUGGAACUUUGUACAGCAAGUUCUUGGGAAGGUCAGCAAAAUGGUUUCCAUGAAGUAAAGGAUGUUAGUGCUGCUAAUGGAUUUCUUGACCACAGAGUGAGCUUGUCCAUGUUACUGGAUGAAGAAAGCGACAAAGAUCAGAAAUGCCUAAAUAACGGAGAAUUGUUGGACUUGAGUGAUGGAUUUCAGAAAAGUAAAAAAGAUCUCACAAAGCCAUCUUUUACAACCAGGCAGAGCAGAAUUCCAGUUUUGGCUCAAGAGGUUGAGACAGCAUCAGAGUCCUCUUCUCCAAUCUCUGCAAAGGAGAAGCUUCUUCUAAAAAAGGCAUACCAAACCGACCUUGCACGGCUGCUAAUGGAGAAACGACAGAUUAAAUCAUUUCUCUGUGACCUCUCAAGUGCCUCUGACAAAUCUUUUGAGGAAAAGUCUUCUCCGCAAGUCCUACCUUUGUCAGAAGAGAAUAUCCUUCUCUCCAAAUCUGCACUGGAUGCACAUAUUCAAAGGUCGUCCGAUGAUGGAAUUUUGGCAUCCCACAGCCCACAGAUGAGGAAGAGCAAAAUUCCACGUCCAGUUUCCUGGUCCAGUAGUGAUCAGCUCAGUAGUUCUCCUUCAACUCAAUUCCUUCCAAGACCACCACCUGGAAAACCGCCUACUCGACCAGGGGUGGAAGCACGGAUGCGCAGAUACAAAGUUUUGGGUUCUGGAAACUCUGACUCAGACCUCCUCUCCCGACUUGCUCAGAUGCUUCAGAAUGGAUCCCAGAAAACCCGCAGCUCCUCUCAGUCUAAAAGCCCAGGAUCCCCCCAUAGUCCUAAAACUCCUCCUAAAAGCCCUGUGAUACCCCGGCGCAGUCCAAGCGCCUCACCACGCAGCUCUUCUUUACCGAGAACCAACAGUUCGUCCUCUUCGAGAGCUGGACGACCCCACCACUAUGACGCCAGGAGCUCCUCCCCACACGUAGGCCGCAGCAAAUCACCCCCCAGCCUCUCUGGUUCAUCUUCUUCACGAAGAUCCUGCCAGCAGGAUCAUUGCUACAGUAAACAGAGUAAAAACAUAUCAAAGGGACCGGGCAGCGGUCACCAUUCCACAGGAAGCAAAACAAGCCGUGGGAAGUCUUCUGCUCGGGAGGUCAAAGUGUCCAGUAAACUUAGCAGAUAGUAACGAGGCUUUGUCAGCUCUGCAGCAAAGCUUCUUGGUUCCACCCCAUUCCCCUCAACCCGUUGUCCUCUUGUAAUGCAUGUUAUGUAUGUUACUAUAUAAUUCAAAUGAAAUCCAAAUUAGUGUUGAUCUCUAUGUUCAAAAGAAGACUAGUGUGGGAACUAGUGGAAUAUUUAUUUGGGAUCACAUUGGGGAGGAGUUUCUCUACAAGACCUCUUUGGCACCGCCAGCCUAGUAAAAUGUAUGGUCAGCAGAUUAGAACGUUGCUUUUAUAAUUCAUUUUUAAUAUAUACCUUCAGCAUAUCUUCCUACUUGACAUGGAAAUGUGAGGUAAGAGGGUCUCUCAGAGCGAGAACUUGGAGACUGGAAGUGAACGGUUGCAUUCCAAUAUAAAUGCUCAUAUUAUCACACAGGGGUUUGCAGAGAUUGGUAGACAUUAAACAAAGUAGUACAGCCG